UCUAGAUUUACCCUAGCUAAGCUUCCUUGUUCGCUCUGCAUACUCCAAAAUGUCUACCUUACUGAUCCAAUAAAAUAAACCCUCUCAAAUUCUCCGCAAAAAUGCGCUCUGUAACCACAAAAAUGAGCUCCAAAUCCUUCAUCAGACUCUUCACCUUCACUCCAAAACCCAUCUCUCGUUCCCUCUGCACUGCUUCUGCAACCUCCACUGCCUCCGAGACUCGAACCCAGAAACUUGAGCGCAUUGCCGACGAGCUCCUUGACCUUACUAAGCUCGAGAGACACGAUUAUGCGAUUCUCUUCCGCCACAAAAUGGGACUCCAUCGUUAUGGCCCCGCUCUUUCUGGGACCGUUUUAUCGGGCCCAGCUGCCCCUGGAUCCGCACCGGCGGAUGCCAAGCCAGCGGCGGAGAAGACGGUGUUCGACAUUAAACUGGAGAAAUUCGAUGCCGCGGCGAAGAUCAAGAUUAUAAAAGAAGUUAGGACUUUUACAGAUUUGGGUUUAAAGGAGGCUAAGGAUUUAGUGGAGAAAGUGCCUGUGGUUUUGAAGAAAGGGAUCACUAAAGAGGAGGCUAAUCCCAUUCUUGAGAAGCUCAAAGAAUUGGGGGCUACUGUGGUACUGGAAUGAAAUUUCUUCCUUCUUUUUUUUUAUUUUCCAUUCUGGGUUCUCUGUAAUUUUUGUUCUGAUGUAGAAUACUACAAUAUUUACCAUAAUUGAUAACUGGAAAUCAUUAUUGGAGCACUAACUUGGCAGGUGGUGUCAAUGUUUUUCCUGGAUUUUUUUUUCUGUUGCUGAGGUUUUCAGUGUUGAGGUGAUUAUCUGCUUCAUGAUUAGCUUUGAGCUUUGGGAUUGAAUAUUAAUGAGAAGAAAUUCUGCAUGAGUUCAAGGGGUUAGUUGAUCAUGUGAAAGUGAUGCUAUUCUUUUUGAAAUGAGAUCAUCUUGAACUGCUUGCUGCUUGAUGCACAGUAGUAGCUUGUAGUUGAGUCGAUGAGUUUAUUUUGGCAUGUAGAGUUGUUAAAACUAUGUUUAUGUAAACAUUAUCUUUAAGUGUUUGUGAUAAAUGAAAAUGUUAGGAUAACCAUCAAGGAUUCAA